AUGGCUCCUGGCACCCCUGACGCGACGGCAGGCAGGAAGCGCCGCGCCGAUGCUGCCUCCCUAACCUCUCGCGGCGGCGGACCCAAGCGCUUCAAGCCCGAGAUCGCCGUCCAAAGACCACCACCGACAAACACCAGCAGUAACAACGCGAACGAGAUUAACGUCGCUAAUUUCGUCAAAGCGCGAGAAUUCGAGAUCAAUGCAAUCGAACGCAACAUGAAGGCUAUGCGCAAGACCCUGUCUUCACGGGCUUUUCAGCAGCUGCCAAGGCAUAUGCGGCGGCGGACGGCUAGUCAUAAUGUGAAGAAGGUGCCGAAGCGGUCGAGGCGGCGAGCGGUGCGAGAGAUGAGGGACGACAACACGCCGACCGUGAGCAAGCGAGCGAAGACUCCAACCAGAAAGAUGCGACUAAGGCUAGAGACGGCGAGAGGAUUACAGAGGGCGAAUCAGCGGGCGAAGGUGGCAAGGCGGAAGAAGAAAGAGAAGGAGGAGAGCGAGCAGUCUGCAAAACCGAAGCCGAAGCCGAAGAACAAGGACAAAGACCAAGACCCAGAGAAGCAAGUCUCGAUCGCACGAAUACCCAAGAUUAAGAAGAACACCCUCGCAAAGCCGCCGACGGCAACAUCGAAAUACAAGCGGAGACAGGUCAACAAGACAUGGCUGCCGACACAUCUUUGGCAUGCUAAGCGAGCGCAUAUGACACGGCCAACGGAGCCGUUGUGGCGGCUAGCGAUACCCUUGCGGCCGACUGAGAAAUCGUAUAGACCGACCCAUUAUGCAUCGAAUUCAAGGGGCUGUGUGGCGUGGGAUAUGAGCUAUAUGUCGACUGUGGCUUGUGUUGGUACUGAGCAUACGUUGAUGAAUAUGCUCGUGGCGCUGAAAUUCGGGGCUGAUAAGAAUUCCGGAAGACUGAGACGGUGGAAGGCUGGAACACGAUUUGCAGAGGGCUUUGUGCACACUGUUGAGAAAGGGAGGCUGCUUGGGCCUGCGACUGUGCUAUGGGCGCCCGGCUCGGAGAAGCCUUCUCAAGGUUUGGAAGAGCCAGAUGCGCAAGCGAAGGAUGAGACGAAAUCGAAACGGCAGAAGGUCAAACUGGACCGGAAGCUUCUGGUACAGGUGCAUCCCUCGAUCUUCAAAGAGUUCUGGAUCGAGCUCCUCCGAGCAGCCAAGAUGCAGAAGCCGCAGGUACUGGUCGAGGAUCUCAGAUUCGAGAUCGGAAGCAUACAGGUUAUGGGUCCCGCAUCGAAAGAGGCAUUGUUGGCUGUAUUGCGGCAACGGCAUGAGCCAACAGAGGAGGACAUCGCGCUCAAGACCUGGAAAUCGCUUGCUGGACUGAGUAAUCCGGCCUCACUCCCACAACGAGCUGUCUUGUCAUUUGACAUAAUUGAUCCGCGACUCGAUCAUCCCCCGAAGCAGAUCAAGAUGCCCACUGAUCAGGUCAGCAUCGAUCGUCUCAACGAAAUGCUUGCAGAAUGGCCCAUGGACGAAGCCCGUUCGACCAUGAAUCUAAUGUCGUACAAGGCACGAUGGCUCACCUCCACGAAACUGCCCUCUCAGAAAGCCAUCAACCGACGCCAAGCCGCCGCGGGACCAGGACAACCGAUCGCUGUCAUCGAGAAAGACCCAGCGAUCCCCAUAAUCCUGAUCGCCCAUCGACCCGCCAGCACCGUCCCAAACACUCAAGGCUCAUGGACCGUCCUCCUACCCUGGUGCGCCGUCGACGCCGUCUGGCGCAGCCUACAGUACUGCCCCAUAUCCACUGGCCGAACUCCGCGUUUUGGCGGUCUCGAGCAGACACGACAAAUCGCAUUCGAGCAGUCGACGCCCUGGUUCCCAGCGGAUAUGCCGGGGACCGAGGCGGGCAAAGCUUGGGAGCGGACAGAGAGUGAGAAGAGGUUCGACAAAUGGGUUCGGCGGCCGCCCAGCCGGCGUCUGAGGUGGGACUUGGUGGAUAUUGGUUUGGGAAGGCUGGGUGAGUUGGGGAGGGGUUGGGCUUGUGAUUGGGAGUAUUUGUUCAAGGAUACGAAGGCGAAGGCGGAGGCGGAGUCGUCGACUGCCGAUCCGACCGCGCCGCCUGAGGCUGUGGCUGCUAAGGACAGCGACGUUGAGAUGACGGAGCAGCCAGCCGAGCGGUCUCGUCGGAGAAACACUUCUUCUCCGGAGACUUCGCCUGAACCGGAAGACAAGGUGAAGACAACGCCGGAACCUGACGUUGACUAUAUUCAACUCACACCGGACAAGGCUGCAACGUUGCUGAAACCGCGAAAAUUCAAGAGCAAGUCAAAGGCCGAAUCUGAUGAUACUCCAGCCAUAGCGACAGUGCGCAUCCGCUUGCUCACAAAAGGCACUCCGGAAGCAGGCGCACGAGUAUACCGUCUCCCCAAGCUUCCUCUUCCGCCAAAGCCCGACGCAGGAAUGGCACCGCCAACGACGAAAUCGCCUAUUCGACCAGCGACAGAGGGCAGCGGCAGGGACGACAGCAGCAGCAAUCCUUCUGGCUCACUACCUGCCUCAGCCGAAGUCCACACCUCGACCCUCCCCGCCGCCAUAUCUUCUUCUGCGGAUCUACCACCAGGCGCACAGCCGCCGCCCCCAUCCCCAUCCUCCGCCUUCUCCAGCCUCCCCCAACAACCCAAGUCAUCAUCCCCAUCUACCCUCCGCGAGAAAUGGCUCUCCCUCGUCCCACCAUCCCUCUACACCUCUUCCGCCAAAACCCCCAGCAGAAACUCAACGCUCCAACCCUCAUCGAAAAAGCCUCAGCCCAACGACACCAACCCACACCACGUCCACUCGUUGAGGAAGGAAGAGCACAAUCUUUCCCUCAUCAACGUCUUCCCGCUGCGCGCACCACAGGAAAUUAUCGAUAAGAUGAAUACCUACCCCUCGGACGCCCAGGUCGCGGAGCACGAAGCACGGAUGCGGUUGGAGGAGUUGUUGAAGAACGAUGCGGUAGAAAUGAGCAAAGACGGAAAAACCGUAAAGUGGGAUGCCGCGAAAGGGCUGGUGGAGUGUCCGGAUAAGGAGGACCUGGUUGGGUUCGUGACGAGUGGGGGUUAUAAUCUUGUGGAGGGGAGGGGGACGGGAGUUGCGGGGGUUUGGGUGCAGCGGGUGAGGCAGGGUUGGGCUGAAGAGGACAAGGAGACGUCUGCUGCGGAUAAUGCUCAAAGCGACCCGAGCACAAGCGCAACAAGCGGUUCAGGUGGACCAAGUGGAUUGAGUGGUUCCGCGCCGACCGGGAGUAGUGGUAAGAAAGGGCACUCGAGUCAGAGCAAAGGAGCCGAAAAGCAGAAUGGGAAGCCGAAGAGCAGCAACGACGGCUCUGUCAGUGCCGCGGCUAUACAAAGAGAGCGCCAGAUCAAAGAGCGGACCCUCUGCAUCGUCCGUAAUGCUGGCAGCGGCGUUGGGCGAUUGGGAUGGUGGGAGGUCUGCGAGUGA